AUGCAUAUGUGGAAUUAUAAUUAUAAUUAUUGUACAUAAAAAAUGUCUCACAUUGGCGUGGAGAGAAAGCGGAGACGACAGAUGAAUGAGCAUCUCAACAUUCUGCGCUCCUUAACCCCUUCUUCCUACAUCCAAAGGGAAGAUCAAGCAUCCAUAGUAGGUGGAGUAGUUGAGUUCAUCAAAGAAUUGCACCAAGUUCAACAAUCAAUGGAGGCCAAGAAACGAUGGAUACACAGUUUAAGCCCACCCCGGUCACCAUUGCAGCCCAUUACUCCGACCCAACACCGGGAAACAUUAUCAUCUUCGAGCAACUGCAUGAUCGAUGUAAAUAAGAACAGCGGCGACGAAUUCAAUGAGGUCGGGGCAUGUUGCAACUCUCCGGUAGCGGAUGUUGAGGCCAGGAUAUCGGGCUCCAACGUUAUUCUGAAGACCAUUUCUCGUCGAAUUCGGGGCCAAAUCCUUAAAAUAAUCAAUGUCUUGGAGACACUUUCCUUUGAGAUCCUUCAUUUGAACAUCAGCAGCAUCGAUGACACUGUGCUUUACUCCUUUGUUGUUAAGUUAUGAUAUGUCACAGAUUGGGCUGGAAUGCCAAAUCAGCGUGGAGGAGCUUGCACAUGAAGUUCAACACUGUUUUUGCUCUAAUGCAGCGCCGCUUAUAUGAAGGAGAAGGAAACCUAGCUAGGUAGCUAUGGAUCCAAUACACAAUUCGAACGAAUUUGUAUUUCCCUAUUUGGAAAGAUACUCUAAUGUUACUAUAGCUCAUUAGUUUUCCCAAAAUUUUAAAUAUUUAUAUUCUUUUCAAUAGCAUAUGACCAAAUU